AUGAGUAAAUCAUAACCAAUAUUUAUAUAUGGGAUUACAAUCAAGGAUGAUAGGGGAAAGUUGAAGAACUGUUAAUUAUGUGGAGCAAAAUUCACAAUGUCAGUUAAAGAACAUUAAUGUAAGAGGUAAGAAUAUUUGUUGAUCCAUAGAUGCAAAAGAGCAGUAUGUGAUAAAUGUGCUCCAAAUAAAGCUCAAGUAUAGAAGGCAGAUGGAUUAUCUAAGAAGUCUCAUAGAUUAUGUAACUUUUGUAAAGACGUAACAUUUUUUUUUCGAUAAUUAGGAAAGUGAUUCUCUUAAAAGAUUCUUAGAAUAAUACAAAAUAUGUUUUAACAAAGAUUCAUUCUCACAAUAAUGGUUAUAAUCAUUUGGAACUGAUACUACAAAAGCCAAAACUGUAAUAAUUCAGACUUAUGUGAAUUUUAGGAUUUCUAAAAUGCAUUAGAUGAUGCAAAGCUAUCUAAAGAUACUAAUGCUUAUGAUAUCUUCAAAGCUAAAUUAGAAGUAGUCAUAAAUGAUAUUGAUGGAUUUGUAAACUAUUCCAUUAAAGAUUUUAUGGUAGCUGCAUUGAAAAAUGUGGAAUCAUUUCGUCAAAAAGAAGUAGUCAAAACUUCCAUUUUGAGAGUUGCUGGAACACUUCUAUUAUUGUAUCCUCAAAUAGGAUAUUCACAUGAAAUAGUACUCAUUACUUAUUUUCUUCUUUGUUUUGCAUCUGAAGCAUCUGUUUAUAUACUCUUAACUGCUAUAUAUGCUCAUAUACUUCCAUCUCAAUUAUAUCCAAAGACUAACACUAAAUAUGAUUUAGUUAAUGAAAAUGCCAUUGUAGUAGGCAUAUUAAAAGAUGCUCUUUAAGUUGAUUCAAAUGAUAUGAGUGUCAUUAAGAGUUUCCUCUCAUAGAAACUCAGAACCUACUUAAUUACAUUGAGUAUUAAUCUCUUUUUAUUUGAAACUACCUUUUUUAUUAUAAGUUCUGUAUUAAUGUCUGGUUCAAAUGGUUAUAUGGAUUUAUUGGCUUAGAUGGCUGUUUUAUGUUAAUUAUCUAAUUAAGAGUUGUAGAAAAACAAAUUCAAUCAUGAAGAAACAGAAUUGUUUAUGCUUAGAUCACUUCGAACUAAUUAAUUAAGUGUACUUUAUAAAUAAACUCAAAAUUGUGAUUUUGAAAGUUAUAAGAAGGUAUAUAUUACAACUAGAUCAGAUUCAAUUAAAGUAGAUAAUUUAAAUUUAAGUGCUAGAUAAUCUAUGAUUAAACCUGAUAUGUAGAAAGUAAGUGAAAUUAAUUAGAAACUUUAAGAAUAAGUUGAUAGAAGGGAUUAAGAAAUGAAAAAAUUGAAUGAUGAGAUUAUUUAAUUAAGAGAUAAAAUCAAAUAAUUAUAAAAAGAGAAUUCAAUACUAUUAAAUUAAUAAUAAAAUAAUGAUUCUGAAAUGUAUAAAAUUAAAUUACAUGAAAUGAGAAUUGAUAAUUCAGAAUUGAAAUCAUAAAUUGAAUAAUUAAAAAAUGAAAUAUCAAAGUAUAAAUUAGAAAAAGAAGAUGAUUCAAGAUUUAAUCCUAAAAAAUAAAAAACUGAAACUAUAGAUAGUGAUUAUGAAAAUGAUUUAUAAGAAAUCUCUUAAUUCAAAUUAAAAUAUGAAUAAUAAAUCAAAAAUCUUAAGAAACAAGCUGAAGAAAAGAAAUAAUAAUAAAAUUAACCUAAUCAAAUAUAAAUUGAUGAAUUGAAAGAAAAUUAUGAAAAUAAAAUAAAAUUACUUUAAAAAUAAAUAAUAUAAUUAUAAUAAUAAGAUAAUUCUGAAGAAAUAAGAGAUUUAAAAAUCUAAAAUCAAUAAUUAUUAAAAAAAUUAGAAAAAAUAAAAGAUGAUAAGAAUAAAAAUGAAUUAAUAUAAUAAAAAAAUGAUGAAAUUGAUUUAUUAACUGAAUUGAAUGAAGAAUUAACUAAAGAAAAUUAACGAUUAAUAAAAUAAUUUAGAGAUUUAAAAUCACAGAGUGGUGCUUCAAGUGCUUAGUAAAUAAAAGUAUUAGAAGAAUAAAAUAAAUUAUUAGAAUCAAAAUUAGAAUAAUAUCAUUCAUUAAUAUAAGAAUUAUUUAAUAUAAUUGAUAAGGUUAAGAUUGAAAAAUAGAAAUUAUUAGAAUUCUCGGAAAUGAAGUUUAAAUAGAAAGAGGAUCUUGAAGAUGUCAAAAUGGUUGCUGAAAUCAGAACAAUAUAAACUUAAUUAUUGAAAGGAAUGUUGAAAGAAAAUUAAGCUUAAUUAAGUGAAUUGAUAUCUAAUAUAACGCAAAUGCGUCAGGUUCUCUAAAAAUCAAAAUCAUUAAAACUUUGA